CCAAUGUCACACCCCACGCCCACGCGGCACAAGAGAAGAGAAUACUUCGUCCCAGUUGCAUCCAUACCUUGCCUUCUUCCCUCUCCCUUCACACCUCACACACCUUGCCUUCUUCCCUCCCGAGCGAGCGAGCAAGCAAGAGGAACCCCGCCGCCAGCUCCUCCGCGCAACGCAACGCAGGCGAGGCCCCGGCCGGCGAGUCGACAGUCGAGACCAUUUCUAUCCAUCCUCGUUCUUGCAGGCCAUGUUCGUUUAAUCCCCUCACCACAGGGAUUGAAGGGGAUUGGGGAGGUUUGAGGGAGAUUUUGACUUGCAAGGGAUUUUAUCCCUUUCAAACCCCUCCAAUCCAUGCCUAACCGAACAAGGCCGCCAAGGGGAAAAAAAGCUUCAGUUCUUGCAAGGGGAAAAAAGCAAAAUCCAGCAUCGGCUCUCGUUUAAUUUGGUAUUUGAUCAGUAAGGUGAGCUAGGAGGAUCCCCUGCCCUGCCCUGCCCUGCGCCCCCGGGUCUGCCAGGCCGAGGAUCGAUGGCCGGCGGCGGCACCAGCAUCAGGAAGUAUGUGGGCGCCCUCAAGGACUCCACCACCGUCAGCAUCGCCAAAGUCAACAGCGACUACAAGCAACUGGACAUCGCGAUCGUCAAGGCCACCAACCAUGUGGAGCGCCCUGCAAAGGAGAAGUACAUCAGAGACAUCUUCAUGCAUCUUAAUUCCGGGCGGGCUCGGGCCGACGUGGCCUACUGCAUCCGCGCCCUCGCCAGACGCCUCUCCAAGACGCGCAACUGGGCGGUUGCACUCAAGACAUUGAUUGUCAUACACCGUGCCCUUCGCGAGGUCGACCCUUCUUUCCGUGAUGAGCUCAUCAGUUAUGGAAGAUCUAGCGGCCAGAUGCUACACAUGUCCUAUUUCAAAGAUGACUCUAGCCCUGAUGCUUGGGAUCACUCUGCUUGGAUACGCAAUUACGCUUUGUUUUUGGAAGAGAGGCUCGAAUCUUUCCGUGUGCUGAAUUAUGACGUCGAACUGGAUCCAUUGGGAACACGAGAUGUUGAUACGACUGGUUUGCUUGCACAACUGCCGGCAUUGUCGCAACUUCUUUUUCGGCUAAUCAGUUGUCAGCCGCAUGGGUCAUCAUCUUAUAACACCAUAAUCCAGCAUGCUCUUUCAAUGGUUGCUACGGAGAGCGUUAGGAUCCAGACAGCCAUCAAUGAUGGCAUACUCAAUCUAGUUGACAAGUUUUUUGAUAUGCAUAGGGACGACGCUAUUAGGGCCCUGGACAUAUACAAAAAAGCACUUAAGCAGGCAGGGCAACUUUCUGGAUUUUACGAGACGUGUAAAACCAUACAUAUUGGGCGGGAUGAGAAGCUGUUAACAAUCGAACAGCCUCCCGCGUCAUUCUUGCAAGCCAUGGAAGAUUAUGUGAGAGAUGCUCCCCUUGCUUCAAAAAAUCAGGCUGUACUGGCAAUAGAGUACAACAGAAAACCAGAAGAGGAAGAAGCAUCAACUCCACCACCUCCUCCUCAAGUAUCAACUUCAGAGAAAGAACCAGAACCAGAGCCGGUUACAAAAGUCAUGCCUAGAGUCGAGCAAAUAGAUUUGCUGGGGAUGGAUGAGCCGAUCCCUGACACGUCCGAGCUAGAUCAAAAGAAUGCUUUGGCCUUAGCAAUUGUUGAACCAGAUAAUGCGCGUAAAGCUGCUGCUGGUUCCGAAAAUGUCGCCACCAGCUGGGAGCUAGCACUCAUCACAGAACCCAGUGCAAGUGAAAAUGUUGCUACUUCAAGAAAUUUGGCCGGUGGAAUGGAUCUGCUCACCCUCGACAGCCUCUACGACGACGCACACCAGCAUGCCCAGCAGAAUGUGAGCUACAAUCCCUGGGAGCAGCCGGCCCCGGCUUCGGCUCCGAUGAUGCAGCAGCAGUAUCAGCAGCAGCCGAUGCACAACCCGUUGUACGCCUCGGCGCAGCAGCAGCAGGCGUUCAUGCUCCAGCAGCAGCAGGCCUUCGUGCUCCAGCAGCAGCACCAGUACCAGCAGAUGAUGAUGAUGGGCGCGCCGUCGCUCCAUCGCCAGGCGUCCUCCAACCCAUCGCUCCAUCGCCAGGCGUCCUCCAACCCGUCGCUCCAUCGCCAGGCGUCCUCCAACCCGUCGUUCCAUCGUCAGGGAUCCUCCAACCCGUUCGACAGAUCAUAUGUGCCGGCAGCCGCCCCCGGUGGUGGUUACCCUUAUGCUCCGGCGAUGCAGCUCCACACCGGCAACGCCUACACCGGGACCGGCAUGAUGUAGAGAUGCUUGUGGUGGUUUUUCUUUUUGUUUCGCCGUUGCGAAUUUUUUACGAGUUAGUAGGAACCUGGUGUAUAGUUGAGAUGAGUAAUAGCAGGGGAAGUAUUUUUCCCCGGCUAUUUGUGGUCAGGACGGUUGCUUGUGCUGUGCAGCCGUGAAGUAUUAUUGUCCAGGGAAAUUAAAUUCUGGGAACAUGGUAACAAUGUUUGAAACAGGAGAAGAGAGAUGAACAUUGUGAAAAAAAGGUAUCAACAGAGCAACUUUUCUCUCUCUGUUGAGACAUGAGAAAAAACAGACAUUAUUUAACAAGAUA